AUGGCUGCCAAAGCUCCGAUUCCUCAAAACGACAAUGUCGCCCAUGCUCUUGCCGGAGCAGGCGGCGGCAUUCUGUCCAUGAUUUUGACCUACCCUCUCAUCACCCUCUCCACCAGAGCCCAGGUCGAAUCCAGAAAAGCCGAGAGCAAAUUCGUCGAAGCCGUCCAAAAGAUCAUUGCGCGCGAGGGCGUCUCGGGCCUCUACGCGGGCAUCAACUCUGCGCUGUUCGGCAUCAGCGUCACCAACUUCAUCUACUACUACUGGUACGAAUGGACCCGGGCCUUCUUCGAAAAGGCCGCCACCCGCGCCGGCCGCGCCAGCAAGAAGCUCACGACCAUCGAGUCCAUGAUCGCGGGCGCCAUCGCCGGCUCUGCGACCGUCAUCAUCACCAACCCCAUCUGGGUCGUCAACACGCGCAUCACCACGCGCCGACAGGACGCGGAUGAUGUCGAGGCCGCGGCUGGCGCCGUUGCCAAGCGCAGCAAGGCUCCCAGCACGAUUGGGACGCUCAUGGCCCUCUUGAAGAACGAGGGGCCCCAGGCCUUGUUCGCCGGCGUCAUCCCGGCGCUGGUGCUGGUCAUCAACCCCAUCCUGCAAUACACGCUCUUUGAGCAGAUGAAGAAUACGGUGGAGAAGAAGAGGAAGAUUACUCCUACCGUGGCCUUCGUGCUGGGAGCCUUGGGCAAGCUCUUUGCCACAUCAGUGACAUACCCCUACAUCACUGUUAAGAGCCAGAUGCACGUUGCUGCCCACUCUGAUAAGAAAGAAGGCAUGUCUCAGACUCUGAGGCGUGUUGUGAAGGAUGAAGGGUACUCUGGCUUGUACAAAGGCAUUGGCCCCAAGGUUACCCAGAGUGUCCUGACGGCGGCCUUCCUCUUUGCCUUCAAGGAUGUUCUCUAUGAGCAGAUGGUGAGACUCAGGAUGGGCCGCAAGAAGGCGUAAAUGAACCACAUUGCAAGAUUGGCUGCUUGUUAGCACCAAAUGCGUCGAACGUCUCUUGACAACUUCUGUUACGCAAUGGAAGGAGGGCUCAUCGGGACAUUAGAUAGAGAGCCGUAAUCUUUGGGCUGUACUAUUAGUGUAAUCAACAUAGGUAAGGUGGAAUCGACAAGGGUGGAUAAUAUGCCCUAUCGGUAGGUAUAGAGCUGGGUUUAUGGAAUAUAUUUCCAACGGGUUUGGGGUUUGAUGAGUUGAACGUACAUAUCACGAUUGGAUACCUUGAGGCCAUGUGUCUCUUCUCCUUUUUUCGCUCACUUGGAAUGGUGGGGGUGAAAGAAAUGGGAAACGCAACAUCAAAUUAGUUUUCUUUUGAUUCCUUCCUAAUUAAAUACUCAUCUUCAUUUUACACGCAGUUAUGCUACAGGCAGCACCUUUGGAACAAUCCACCAUUCGUGAUAUGCCUUUUGUGGGGUCGGAAUUUCCACCUUGAUCUUCAAAUCAUUCAGGCCCGGCGAAGCCUCAAUCGCCUUUUGCACCGCCGAAAUGGCAAGUUUCGUGGCAAUGCACGACUUGAGGCCAUUCUUGACAGACGCGGACCACCGGGCGUGAGAGCCCACUGAGAAAGACUCCUCAGCCGUCAUCUUGCUGAGAGCCUCGAAGCCUCGUUUGGCACCUUCCACUGCGCGCUCCGCAUACUCAAAGAGCUCGUCGAUUUCGGUGUCGGGCUGCAACGUACCCGCUGCGAAUUCUUCAAAAGUGGGUAGGACGGGAAGACCAAUUGGCGCAAAGGGCCUCAUUCGGAUCUCGUAUCGGAGUUCGUCGGUGCUGUAUGGCCUUGGCGGAGCUUUGACGAGCUUGAGGCGAUUUAAGACGGUGUAUAGACAUGACAGUGAAUCGGAUAGCUCCCAGGUCACGGCGGCAUCGAGUAAUGACAGGCGAGCGUACAUUAAGGAUCGCUGUAGCUGUGAGUCAAGGGUGGGAUUUGAAUAUCCAGGCCGUCCGUGUAUCUCUUCAACUCUCUUAAUUACGAAUGAUUUGAUUCGUUCGGUGUGGUGAAGACGAGAUUUGGAGAUGUAGUUGAGGUACCAGUACAUGCCGGCGAGCUCAUCAGUCUGAUAAAUCUCCAGCUCGAAACCCAAUUGGAUAAUCUGCUCCAUCUGGC